AUGGCGACAAGUUUGAAUUUUGCUGAGGUUCAAAUGAAAUAUCCCAAGAAUUUAUUCUACGAUUUUGAACUCGUUAUUCGGAGCCUUUGUGUUAUGGAAACUGAAAAAGAGUCAAAUGAGGAAUCAAUUCUAUGCCAAAGGAACGCGAUGGGAGCAGUUAUGCAAAAAGCGGCGGAUUUUAAAGAGGACCUUUUGUUGCAAGAGGAAAUGAUCAGCAAUAUUAUCGAAUUCGCGAAUCAUUUGGAUCCCAAAAUUCUGAUAGGACAUUUUAAUAAAAAUGAUUGGGCGUUCAAACAGACUUUAUAUCUUCUCAAUGUGGCAGAAGACCACUCCCAUUUCCAAGAAAUCACAUUCACCUAUCUCCUAAAAGUGAUGCAAUGCGUUCUCGAAGAGCACCUUCUACUCGGAGAAAGUCGAAUUCUUCAAACGAAACCAACAGUUGACUCGAUUUUGGAUGCCUGUGUGGAAUAUCAAAAAAGUGAGGGUGCCGAUGAUUUGGAAAUAAUCAAAUGGAUGCGAAGGCAACAGGAUAAGCCACUAGUUGCGGAAUUCGCCUAUUGGUAUAUGAUAGCCUAUGAUCAAGAGAAUGGAAGGGAGGAUGUCGGAUAG